GUGAAGCCGUUGGGCGCGCCAACAUGGCUGCUUUGCCGGAGGAGCCGACGGAGGCAGUAGCGGUAAAGCCGGAUCCUGAUGCAGGAGCGCCUCCGCCCGCUCCUCUCUCCCAGUCCCCGAUCUCGACGGCGGCAGCAGUUGCAACAACUGUCCCUCCUGCGUCUGCCUCCUCGGUCGCUGCCAACCUUCUCACAGAUGGGGAGCCGCUUGCGGGAGGAGUUGACUCGAAGAGCUCGGGGACUUCCAGUCCCACGCCGCCAGCCUCUCAACUACCCAUCCACAAGCAUACUCUGCUGGCGGUGCUGCAGUUCUUGCGCCGCAGCAAUCUGCGCGAAUCGGAGGAGAUCCUCCGGAGGGAAGCCCGUGGUCUCGUCGACGACGUCCCGAGCGACCCGAAUUGCUCAACUCCCGGGGUCCCCGGAGCUCAUGGAGGGGAAGGACAGGAUCCCAGUGCGGGGAUUUUGGCCCCUGGAGCGGGGGAUGUGCUAAUCAAUUCUGUCACUUUUGGCCAGACUGGAGCUACGAUCUCUCCAGCAGCUAUCACGACACCUCCCGCAGCGCCCUUGGGCCAUCCUGGGAAAGCCGGAGUUCUUGUAGAAGAUCAGCCAGAUGUGAGUGCGGUGCUUUCUGCUUAUAAUCAACAGGGAGACCCAGCACUUUAUGAAGAAUACUACAGUGGAUUGAAACACUUCAUUGAAUGUGCUCUGGAUUGUCAUCGAGCUGAAUUAUCACAACUUUUUUAUCCUCUAUUUGUACACAUGUACUUGGAACUAGUCUACAAUGGACAUGAAAACGAAGCAAAAUCGUUCUUUCAAAAGUUUCACGGGGACCAGGAAUGUUAUUACCAAGAUGACUUGCGUGUACUAUCCAGUUUAACCAAAAAAGAGCAUAUGAGGGGCAAUGAGACUAUGCUGGAUUUCCGAACAAGCAAGUUUGUGUUGCGUAUUUCCCGUGACUCUUACCAGCUUCUGAAAAGACAUCUUCAGGAAAAACAGAACAAUCAGAUCUGGAACAUUGUUCAAGAACAUCUUUACAUUGAUAUUUUUGAUGGAAUGCCUCGUAGUAAACAACAGAUUGAUGCUAUGGUGGGAAGUUUAGCUGGAGAAGCAAAACGAGAAGCAAAUAAAGCAAAGGUGUUUUUUGGCUUAUUAAAAGAACCAGAAAUUGAGUUACCUUUGGAUGAUGAAGAUGAAGAGGGAGAGAAUGAAGAGGGCAAGCCAAAGAAAAAGAAGCCCAAGAAAGAUAGUAUGGGAUCAAAAAGUAAAAAGCAGGAUCCAAAUGCUCCACCUCAGAAUAGAAUCCCUCUUCCUGAGCUAAAGGAUUCUGAUAAGCUGGAUAAAAUAAUGAAUAUGAAGGAAGCUACUAAACGUGUUCGGCUUGGUCCAGACUGUUUGCCUUCUAUUUGCUUCUACACGUUUCUUAAUGCAUAUCAGGGUCUUACAGCUGUGGAUGUUACAGAUGACUCUAGCAUGAUCGUUGGAGGCUUUGCUGAUUCCACAGUCAGGGUAUGGUCUGUGACACCCAAAAAGCUUCGCAGUGUAAAAUCAGCUACAGAUCUCAGUGUCAUAGAUAAAGAAUCUGAUGAUGUUUUAGAAAGAAUCAUGGAUGAAAAAACAGCAAGUGAAUUGAAGAUUUUAUAUGGUCAUAGUGGACCUGUCUAUGGUGCUAGCUUUAGUCCUGAUAGGAACUAUUUGCUGUCAUGUUCAGAGGAUGGCACGAUCAGAUUGUGGAGUCUUCUAACUUUUUCUUGUUUGGUGGGAUACAAAGGACAUAAUUAUCCUGUAUGGGACACACAAUUCUCUCCAUAUGGAUAUUAUUUUGUAUCUGGUGGCCAUGACAGAGUGUCUCGUUUGUGGGCUACAGAUCACUAUCAGCCUUUGCGGAUCUUUGCUGGUCAUCUGGCAGAUGUCACAUGUACACGUUUUCACCCAAACUCCAACUACAUUGCCACAGGCUCAGCAGACAGAACUGUGAGGCUUUGGGAUAUACUUAAUGGAAACUGUGUAAGAAUCUUCACGGGACAUAAGGGACCAGUUAAUUCAUUAGCAUUUUCUCCUAAUGGGCGAUUCUUGGCAACUGGAGCAACUGAUGGAAGAGUGCUUCUGUGGGAUAUUGGCCAUGGUUUAAUGGUAGGAGAGCUAAAAGGACAUUCAGAUACAAUUUAUGCGCUCAAAUUUAGUAGAGAUGGAGAGAUCUUAGCUUCAGGUUCAAUGGACAAUACAGUUAAACUUUGGGAUGCUGUGAAAGCUUUUGAGGACUUGGAGACAGAUGAUUUUACAACAGCCACUGGACAUAUAAACCUUCCUGAAAGUUCACAGGACUUGCUUCUGGGCACAUAUAUGACCAAAUCAACUCCAGUUUUACACCUCCACUUUACUCGAAGAAAUUUACUUCUUGCUGCUGGGGCUUAUAGUCCUCAGUAAAACACAAAAGUAGAUGGCUUGAUUAUGCAAGUCUUGUAAAGUAUGUUUAGAUCUUCACAUUCCUGAAUAUUACCAUUAAUAUAUUGUACAAAUGAACUGAAAUUCUAUUGGUACAAGGGUACUAAGUAAAGCAGGACAAGAAAAAAAAGUGGCAUUUUUGCUUUUCUCUACCACCUUCCCCCAAGUAGAAACAUACUUUUUUCUACUGAAAUCAUAAGGAAGGAAUUAACUGGUGCCAGCUGUGACGAUAGUAUAAAUAGAUAGCUAGUUUGGGUACCAGUCAAUCCUUUUUUCCCUUUCUCAAUGGUCCUUGGACCUUUCCAAAGGUUUCAAAUAGAUCUUUCCCAACAUUACCAUAGGUUAACUGCAUAUUUUUCUGUAAAACUUGUUCAAAAAAGUUGGGGGAGGAGAAUGUAUAGAGCAACGUGCUGUAUUUAUGUAGCAAGAAAACCAGAUUAUUUAAAUUACCCCAGAGCUUUAAAAAUCACAUUAUAUAACUACGUAUGUAUUGGGAAUUACUAAAAUAAGUAGCAUUUCAGAAGACUGACUUCAUAAAUGUUACUUAAGACUUUUAAGAGAGAGACUGGCUUCUCUAAGAAUUCUAAAUAUUGUUCUACACAAGUAAAAACUUGUCACAGAAAUAUUAUUCAAGUAUGAAUCAGAAAAUAGCUGGCCUUAAAACUUUCCAUAGUAAGUGUUGGCUUAUGCCUUCAUUGAAACAUAUCAGUUAUACAUUGAGUGUCGAAAUCAAGCAGCAUGGAUCCAGUAUGCAUUUUUAAAAAAUAAUUGUGAUUUUGUAUUUUAUAGUUUUGUAUCUUUAUAAUAAAAAUUCUGUAAAAAUUUGA